AUGCAUUAUUUUCAUAGAGAAGCCGAUUGCGUUUGUUAUGCUUUGUGUCUAGAGAUAACUGGGAAGCUUACAAUGGGACUAGAGAUGGAGUUGGACUUUCAUAAAAGUUGCGAAGUUGGUCUGAGUCCGAACACUGUUCUUCCAUCUCAUCAAGAUUGCUCAAAUGUUGAAAAGAGAAAUUUGAAAGGGAAAUCCACUUUUCUUCCUGUAAAAGCAUACAAAAUAGACCUGUUGGACUGGAAGGUAACACUGAGCUCAAGCGAGGGUCCAUGUAUCAAAGUUCCAAAGAGGCCUAAUGCAGAACCGUGCUCGUCAGAUGGCUUUCUUGAAAUUUGUCUCAAUUUGAAUAGCAGGGAUAACCCUGCUGAUACCUUAGGGAAAGAUUCAGUAUAUCAAAAUUUUAGAAGUGAUGAAGCAGUUGGUCCUUUAAAUGAUAGUAAUGAGCUUCUUGAAAGAGAGAGAGUUCACUCAUUGCACAAGUCACUUUCCGAUAAGGUUGAAAUGCCCCAUUCUCAUUCACCAUCGCACAGUGAUUGCUCCUCCAGAGUCAGCUCCAAUACCAGAUUCAGCCCUAUCAGAAGUCUGUUUGAUCCAUUCAAGAAGUCCAAAUCCUUACGAAGUCCUUUGGGUUACAUAGUAGAACCCGGUGGGCUAAAAGCAUCUGGGACAACGAACAUGAGGAGUAAAACAUUCAGGAAAUCUUUGCUGCAUGAUUUCUCAAAUGCAGCGAAGGUAUCACGAGUUGAUCCUCAGUUUGUUGGAAGAGAGAACCACCACUCAGUAGUUGCCUGUUCACCUGUUCACCUACAUGGCUAUCUCAAGUUAAAAUACAAACAUGAAGUGCCAUUUUUCGAGUUCUCGUUGAAGUCCCCAGAAGAUGUUUUUGUCGCCAAGGUGUGGAAGACAGAUAAUGCUUUCCAGUGGGUAUAUACUUUUCACUCCCUUGACGGCAGAAAGAAGAGCAAUGCCAGUGGACGGGGAUGGAAUGGUGGGGACAGAGAUUCCUCCAUGGUGGGCCAGAUGCAAGUUUCCUGUUACUUAUGUUCAGAACUAAAAGACAGUGGAGUUUUUGUCAAUUCUGUGGUGACAGAGUUUGUAUUGUACGAUAUUGCGCAUGCAAGACUAAAUGUUGCGGCCCAAGAAAAUGGUACCCCUGAUGCUGUAAAAUUUCCCAAAGGUUCUAAUCCAGGCUUGGCAAAGGAAACAUUUGAGAAUGAUAGGUCUCACUCAAUGAAGUUCAAACUAAAACAGCGACAAGCCUCUGAUAAAGGUGAUUUUAAUUCUUCAAAUUCUUACCCUUGGGCAUCAGCAGAAUUGCAUCCAAACCUGGAAAUUGCAGCCAUUGUUAUGCAAGUACCAUUUGAGAAGAGAGAGAGCUUGAGAUACAAGAGAGACGAUAAAAUUAGUGAUGAACUGAUCCCAAGCCUACAUAAUCAUUCUAUGAUUGAGCAGACAAAAGAGGACCUCCAUUAUAGCAGAAGUCCCGAAAAAUUAAAGGUGUUAAUCCCAACUGGAAACCAUGGUUUUCCAAGUGCUGAAAGUCAAGGCCCUUCAUCGUUAUUAGAUCGUUGGAGAUUAGGCGGAGGCUGUGACUGUGGUGGCUGGGACAUGGGCUGUCCCCUCACUGUUUUAGGCAAUCCUUGUAUUCAAUGCGCUGAAGAUCAACCACUCAACAAGAAUCAGCAGCCUUUGGAGCUGUUUGUUCAGGGAGCAAAAGAGAGUACACCAUCCCUGACCAUGACAGUUGUUGAAGAGGGAGAGUAUGCAGUUGAUUUCCAUGCACAGUUAUCCACGUUACAAGCAUUCUCCGUUUGCGUUGCCAUUUUGCAUGGCACAGAAGCUUCAAUCGAUGCCAGGAAGGACAGAAACAAACAGUUAUCACAAAACAAUUCGCUGAGAGUGCUUAUUGACGAUGAUGUGAAAUUUCUAAUCGAAGCAGUCACAACAGGGGAGAAGACAAAAGUCACUAAGAUGGUAAAAGAAAUCCCACCAUCUUAUGUGAUCAAUCCUCCUUUUUCUCCCAUUGCCCGAGUGUAGAAUCUACACUCAUCAAUCAUCUUGCUUAGUACAGCUAUAAUGGAAUUCUUGGAGACUCUCCCAGAUGUGUUUAGAGAUGGCCCCAACCUCAGAUGUGUUUAGAUGAUUACAGUGCGUGCGGGUUGUUUCCAGCUGAGGUGCCAAAAUCCUUUUAUGUUAUUCAAUUCAUUCUUCAACUCCUAUAGAGUUAAAAUCUAAAUAGAACACAGCAUUGUCCAUAUUGUAGCUUGAUAAAGAGGGAAUAGAAGCAAUCAUUAGGUUGCCUAGAGUGAGUAAUCCUUUCUCUUUUGCCUUGUGUGUAUCAUCAAGGAUAUGGUGCCAAGGAAACUAGAUAAAUACCAUGCUCUCAAACAAGUUUUGUAUCUCUGAAAUAAUGAAUAA